UUUGACCCCUCAACAAAUUAGAAAUUGCACAUGGUAUCCACAUUAAUUUAUUCAUAACAAUUAAACCCUUAAGUCAUAUUCCUUAAUCAUAAAUUAGAUCACAUUAAACUAUGACUUCUUUAAGUGAUGACAUUAGACAUUUAUAAUUACAAUUAUGGUCCCAAAAUUCUAACACCAAGAACAUACAGCAGCCCCGCACUGUCCUCUCUUGGAGCAAAAGCUGAGCCCGAUUACGGAAAUCCUAGAGUUUGGACUUUCCUCUUGCUACAUAUUUAUCUGCUUUCAGUCGCUGCUCAGUCUAUAAGAGUUUGAGAGUUGAAAUUUUAAGGAAAAAAAGAUGCGAAGUUUGAGCAAUUUAGGCGUCUGUUUGAGCCUUGUUUCAGGCUUCCUCUUCCUGGCUCUUGUUGCAGAGCUCUACUACCUCUUUUGGUGGAAGAAGAAGAACAGAGCAAACAGAGGCAGGGAAGACGGCGGCUACAGGAGCUGCUCUGCCAAAAAAAUUUUCCUUCCUCUCUUUAGCUGGAGGAAUCCAUCUUCCUUGAGUACCACAGCCAUCAAUCCCCAUGAGAUCUCUAAUCCGCUGAAGGCAGUCGAGGAAGAAGAUGGCACAGUGGAAGCAGAGCUGAAGAGGCUGCAGGGUCUUGCAGGUCCUCCGAGGUUUCUCUUCACCAUCGAGGAGGAAACCAAGGAGGAUUUGGAAUCAGAGGACGGGAGAAGCAGGAAGGGAUCAAGAGGGAAGAGCUUGAGCGAUUUGUUUGUUACUUCAAGCACUCCAUUCUUGACGCCUCUCUCCUCUCCUCCUUUUUUCACUCCUCCUCUGACUCCUAUGUUUGAGCCAUUGAUGGCAGAGGAGUUCAUCAAGAUGUGUUCCUCUCCGCCUCCAAAGUUCAAAUUUCUGAAGGAUGCUGAGGAGAAACUACAGAGAAAGAAAUUGAUCGAAGAAGCAAGAAAAAUCACAGAAGAAGAAGAAGGAUCUUUCAUCUCUAUAAAAAUAGGAUGGACCAAGGACAAAGGGCAACAGCAGCAUUCGAGUUCCUCCCAAGUGAUUCCAUUAGCAAAUUGCAAGCCACUUCGUUGAGCUUUCCAUCAAUCACAAUCUGCUGCUAUUUUUUCUUGUUUUUUCGCCUUCAACAAAACUUUGAUAUGACUUAUGAGGGAUUUCUUCGGCUAAAGGGGUUGAAUCAUUAUAGUUAUCAAAUGGAGGUCAUCAUAAGAUCUGUAGUCACUUUUCUGUAUUAUAAUUCAUGGAGCGCUUUUGCAACUUUUCAAGUUUUCAAGUUAUAAUAGAUAUGUAAAUAUUUAUAAUACCAAACAAUUAUUUUACUUGAAUGAAUCUAUCAUAUUCACAAAUGGUCUCCAAUUU